CUCCACUGCCCUCAUUUCCAGUUCCUCCAGGGUGGAGAGUCACACGACGCUGUGUGUCUUACUGGCGCAAAGCUUCAUUUAUCCAAAGGUGAAAUUCUUCUGCGCACGCCCAUUAGGACGGACCGAAUACAUUUGACAAGAGGCCGCCAAUUAAAAAACUCGGACUAGGUACCUUGUACCAGUAAAGCGGAUUAUUUCAUUAAUCACUGUCGUGACAGAAGCGUGCUCUUAACAAAGGUAUAAAAGAAACGAGGGAACCGAAAAGAUGAGCCACAACACGCACGUGGAAGAUCAGCUGCCGCCGCCGUACUACCAGGGCACCGACCUCGCGGAAGGCGAAGAGGACGAAAUGCCGGCUACGGAGAAAGACCUCGCUGAGGACGCGCCUUGGAAGAAGAUCCAGCAAAACACGUUUACUAGAUGGUGCAACGAGCACCUCAAAUGCGUCAACAAGAACGUCAGUGAUCUCCAGAAAGACCUCGGCGACGGUCUAAAGCUCAUAGCGCUGCUGGAAGUUCUGAGUCAAAAGAAAAUGUACAGAAAGCAUCACGUCAGACCUAACUUCAGACAGAUGAAACUAGAAAAUGUGUCAGUGGCUUUGGAAUUUCUUGACAGGGAGCGAAUCAAACUGGUAUCAAUAGACAGCAAGGCCAUUGUGGAUGGCAACCUGAAGCUGAUCCUGGGUCUGAUCUGGACUCUCAUCCUGCACUACUCUAUCUCCAUGCCCAUGUGGGAGGAUGAGGAUGAUGAAGAGAAGAAGAAGCUCACUCCUAAACAGCGUCUGCUGGGCUGGAUCCAGAACAAGGUUCCCCAGCUGCCCAUCAACAACUUCAACCGUGACUGGAGAGAUGGCAAGGCACUGGGUGCCCUGGUGGACAACUGUGCCCCCGGUCUUUGUCCAGACUGGGAGAUGUGGGAUCCGAACCAGCCAGUGCGGAAUGCUCGUGAAGCCAUGCAGCAGGCUGAUGACUGGCUCGGGGUACCACAGGUGAUUGCCCCUGAGGAGAUUGUGGACCCAGAUGUGGACGAGCAUUCUGUGAUGACAUAUCUCUCCCAGUUCCCGAAGGCCAAGCUGAAGCCUGGUGCCCCCCUCAAACCCAAACAGCUGUACCCCCAAAAGGCCAAGGCGUAUGGGCCAGGAAUUGAGCCUCAGGGUAAUAUGGUGCUAAAACCAGCUAAAUUUACUGUGGAGACGCUGGAGGCGGGGCUUGGUGAGGUCAUCGUGUAUGUGGAGGAUCCUGAAGGCCACACUGAAGAGGCUAAAGUUGUUGCCAAUAAUGACAAGAAGAGAACAUACUCAGUCAGCUAUGUGCCAAAGGUGGCUGGCCAGCAUAAGGUGAAGGUGCUGUUUGCAGGGCAGGACAUAAAUAAAAGCCCCUUCCUGGUAAAUGUUGAUAAGGCUCUCGGAGACGCCAGCAAAGUGCAGGCGAGAGGUCCAGGGCUGGAGCCCACCGGCAAUAUGACCAAUAAACCCACCUACUUUGACAUCUACACUGCAGGAGCAGGAACUGGUGACGUCAGCGUGGUCAUAGUGGAUCCUCAUGGGAAGAAAGACACUGUGGAGGUUCUUCUGGAGAACAAGGGUGACAGCGUUUUCCGCUGCACCUACAAACCUGUGCUGGAAGGCUCCCACACUGUCCACGUGUCCUUCGCUGGACAGCCCAUUCCCAAGAGCCCAUACAAGGUGCAGGUCUCUGAGGCUCCUGUAAGUUCUGCUUCUCCAGCAGUGCAGAUUCUCCCACAGUCAGUGCGCACCCCUCCUGCAGGGAAACCCCUCCCCAAACCUAAAGCCUCCAAUGCUAAUGCGUGCCGGGCCACAGGGCGAGGGCUCCAACCCAAGGGCGUCAGGGUGAAGGAGGUGGCGGACUUCCGCGUGUUUACGAAAGCCGCGGGAAUGGGGACCCUCCAGGUCUUUGUGAAAGGCCCCGGUGGAGCUGAAGUGCCAGUGAACAUGCGUGAUGUUGGUGAUGGUGUGUAUGAGUGUGACUAUCGCCCCGUUGUCCCUGGAAAGUACACUGUGAUGAUAACAUGGGCAGGGCAGCCCAUUCCCCGCAGCCCAUUUGAGGUGGAGGUAGGGAUGGAGGCGGGGCUCCAGAAGGUCCGCGCCUGGGGCCCUGGCUUAGAGACAGGAAUGGUGGGCAAAUCUGCGGACUUUGUGGUUGAGGCUGUGGGCACUGAAGUUGGAACGCUAGGCUUUUCCAUCGAGGGUCCGUCGCAGGCUAAGAUCGAGUGUGAUGAUAAGGGCGAUGGCUCCUGUGAUGUGCGCUACUGGCCCACGGAGCCAGGAGACUAUGCCGUUCAUGUCAUCUGUGAUGAUGAGGACAUUAAGGACAGCCCCUUCAUGGCCCACAUCCUGCCAGCAGCCAAUAACAUCUUUCCUGAGAAGGUUCGAGCUUUUGGUCCUGGUCUGCUGCCCACUGGGGUGAUUGUGAACAAGCCAGCAGAGUUCACCAUCGAUGCACGGCAGGCAGGGGAGGGGCAGCUAAAGAUCUACGCUCAGGAUGCUGAAGGAUGUGUCAUUGACAUCCAGAUCACUGAUAAAGGUGACGGUACCUUUGUCUGUGUGUAUGUCCCAACAAAACCGAUGAAGCACACCAUCGUCAUCAGCUGGGGCGGAGUCAAUGUGCCUAACAGCCCUUUUAGGGUUCUCGUUGGUGAAGGCUGUCACCCAGAUAAAGUGAAGGUCUACGGUCCUGGAGUGGAGAAGUCAGGUCUGAAGUCUAGCGAGCCCACGUACUUCACUGUGGACUGCAGUCAAGCCGGACAAGGUGAUGUCAGCAUCGGGAUCAAAUGUGCCGCAGGGGUUGUCGGCCCAGCUGAAGCAGACAUCGACUUUGACAUAAUCAAAAACGACAACGACACUUUCACUGUGAAGUACAUGCCCCCGGCACCUGGGCGCUACACCAUCAUGGUGCUGUUUGCUGACAAGGAAAUUCCCAGCAGUCCAUUCAAAGUGAAGGUGGAACCGUCUCACGAUGCAGACAAAGUGAGGGCAGAGGGUCCAGGGCUCAGCAAGACAGGUGUGCAAGUGGGAACUCCGACACACUUCACCAUUUACACCAAGGGAGCAGGCAAAGCCAAGCCAGACGUGACCUUCCACACUCAGAGAGGAAACACUGUGAGGGAUUUUGAAAUCAUCGAUAAUCAUGAUUACUCCUACACGGUCAAAUACACAGCUCUCCAGCAGGGCAGCAUGAAUAUCUCAGUCAGCUAUGGAGGGGACCCAGUCCCCAAAAGCCCUUUUAACAUAAUGGUCGCCCCUGCCCUGGAUCUGGGAAAGGUCAAAGUACAAGGCCUCAAUGAAAAGGUGGAAGUUGGGAAGGAUCAGGAGUUCAUGGUGAACACACAGGGAGCUGGUGGCCAGGGAGAGGUCACUGUGAAAAUGGUCUCUCCCUCUGGGAGACCAAUACCCUGCAAACUAGAGACAGACCGCGUGAGACAGGCUACCAGUGUGAAGUACAUUCCCCCUGAGGAGGGCAGUUACAAGGUGGAUGUCAGCUAUGAUGGAAACCCUGUUCCAGGAAGUCCCUUCACUGUGGAGGGUGUCAUGCCUGCAGACCCCUCAAAGGUGCGUGCGUAUGGCCCUGGUCUGAAGGGUGGCAUUGUGGGUAAAUCGGCUCCAUUCACGAUUGACACCAAGAAUGCAGGAGCAGGUGGCCUGGGGCUGACAGUGGAAGGUCCAUGCGAAGCUAAAAUCGAAUGUCAGGACAACGGUGAUGGGACAUGCUCUGUGUUCUACCUGCCAACCGAGGCUGGUGACUACAACAUCAACAUCUUGUACGGAGAUGCCCACAUCCCGGGAUCCCCUUUCAGAGCAGCGGUGAAGCCAGCACUGGAUGCGGGGCGCGUGAAGCUCAGUGGCCCGGGGCUGGAGAGAGCGAAGGCUGGUGAGGUAGCCUCCUUCACGGUGGACUGCAGCGAGGCAGGAGAUGCUGAGCUCACUGUGGAGAUCGUAUCAGACUCUGGCGUUAAAGCAGAAGUAUGCAUCUUUAAUAAGAAAGAUGGAACCUUUGCUGUCACGUACACACCUCCUUCCCACGGCCCCCACACCAUCAGCAUCAGGUACGGUGGACAGAUGGUGCCAAAAUGCCCCAUCCGUAUGCAGGUGGAACCUGCUGUAGACACUAGCGGAGUUAAAGUAUACGGACCAGGAGUGGAACCUACAGGUGUUCUGAAGGAGGUAACCACACAUUUUAUUGUGGAUGCACGAGCCCAGAAUAAGACUGGAGGAAAUCACGUCAAAGUGUGCAUACGCAACCCCUCGGGCGCCAGCACUGAGGCCUAUGUCACAGAUAAGGGCGAUGGAGCUUAUCGGGUGGAGUACACUGCAUUUGAAGAUGGUAUGCAUCUGAUUGAGGUGUUCUAUGAUGAUGUUGGCGUUCCCAAAAGUCCCUUCCGUGUGUCUGUGGUAGAGGGCUGUGACCCCACGCGCGUGCGGGCCUACGGUCCAGGCCUGGAAGGAGGUCUUGUUAACAAGCCCAACUGCUUCACAGUAGAGACAAGGGGUGCAGGGACUGGGGGUUUGGGCUUAACCAUCGAGGGGGCGUCCGAGGCUAAAAUGUCCUGCAAGGACAAUAAGGAUGGCAGCUGCAGUGUGGAGUAUGUUCCCUUUCUCCCAGGAAGCUAUGACGUCAACAUCACCUAUGGGGGCCAGGCUAUCCCAGGAAGUCCAUUUCGGGUUCCUGUGCGGGACGUGGUGGAUGUCAGUAAAGUGAAGUGUUCUGGUCCGGGUCUGGGGAGUGGCGUCAGGGCCCACACCCCACAGACCUUCACCGUUGACUGCAGCAAGGCUGGAGCUGCAGCCUUGCAGGUGCAGCUACAUGGACCAGCAGGUGCUACAGAACCAGUUGCCAUUAUCAAUAAUGGUGAUGGAACACACACUGUGAACUACACACCUGGUCAGGAGGGGCCAUACACUGUGUCUGUCAAAUAUGCAGACAAAGAUGUUCCCCGCAGUCCGUUUAAGGUCCAUUCUGGCCCAGCACACGAUGCUAGUAAGGUCCGGGCCAGUGGUCCAGGGCUGGACCCAGCCGGAGUGUCGGCCAGUCUGCCAGUAGAGUUCACCAUUGAUGCCCGAGAUGCAGGGGAGGGUCUCCUCACUGUCCAAAUCCUGGAUCCUGAGGGGAAGCCAAAGAAAGCCAGUAUCCAUGACAACAAAGAUGGCACCUACACUGUAUCCUACGUACCUGAUGUGACAGGGCGCUACACCAUCACCAUUAAAUAUGGGGGGGACCAGAUCCCCUACUCUCCCUACUCCAUCCUUGCCACGCCCACAGGAGACGCCAGCAAGUGUCUUCUCUCAGUGUCUAUUGGAGGACAUUGUGUCGGCAGUCUUGGGCCCACCAUUCAGACAUCAGAGGAGACACUAGUCAGUGUGGAUGCCAAGGCCGCAGGGAAAGGAAAGGUGACAUGUAAGGUGCUCACUCCAGACGGCACCGAGCUGGAUGUGGAUGUGCGAGAGAAUGUAGAUGGAACCUUUGACAUUUACUACACAGCCCCGGAGCCUGGAAAAUACAUCAUUACCAUCCGCUUUGGAGGACAACACAUCCCAAACAGCCCCUUCCACAUUCAGGCUACGGAGGAACCUGUUAUCCAAAGAGAUGCGAAGCAGCCUGCGUUCCGCCCUCUCAACCUGCUGAUUCCCUUCUCUGUCCAGCAGGGGGCGCUGAGUGGUGAAGUUCGCAUGCCAUCAGGGAGGACCGCACGGCCUCUGAUCAAAGACAACAAGGAUGGGACGGUAACCGUGAAAUACGCUCCCACAGAAAGAGGCCUGCAUGAGAUGGACAUCAAGUAUGAUGGCAACCACAUUCCAGGAAGUCCACUGCAGUUCUAUGCAGACGCUAUAGAUAGUGGGAUGGUGACAGCCUACGGGCCUGGCCUGUGUCAUGGCACGGUCAACAAGCCUGCCACCUUCACUGUGGUUACCAAGAAUACCUCAGAAGGUGGUCUGUCGCUUGCUGUAGAGGGACCAUCCAAGGCUGAGAUAAGCUGCAAAGACAACAAGGACGGCACAUGCGCAGUGUCGUACCUGCCCACUGCACCGGGAGAUUACAACAUCAUCGUCAAAUUUGAUAACAAGAACAUUCCUGGCAGCCCCUUCACAGCUAAAAUUACAGGUGAUGAUUCUUUGCGGACAUCUCAGCUGAACGUGGGAACUGCGGCCGACGUCUCCCUGAAGAUCAGUGAAACAGACCUGAGCUACCUGUCCGCCAGCGUUAGAGCGCCAUCAGGAGCAGAUCAGCCAUGCCUCCUGAAAACACUUCCCAACCGCCAUAUUGGAAUAUCUUUUACCCCUAAAGAGGUGGGGGAGCAUGAGGUUAGUGUGCGCAAGAGCGGCAAACAUGUGAACAACAGCCCCUUUAAGAUCAUGGUGGGCCCAUCUGAGAUCGGGAACGCAAGUAGAGUGCGGGCGUUCGGGAAGGGCCUGGUCGAGGCUCACACCUUUGAAGUGGCCGAGUUCUUUGUGGACACGAGAAAUGCAGGCUAUGGUGGGUUAGGCCUGUCCAUUGAGGGUCCUAGUAAAGUGGAUAUAAAGUGUGAGGACGUGGAGGAUGGAACGUGCAGGGUGACAUACUGUCCGACCGAACCAGGAAAUUAUAUCAUCAACAUCAAGUUUGCAGACAAGCACAUCCCAGGAAGUCCAUUCACUGUGAAGGUGAGUGGAGAGGGGAGGAUGAGGGAGAGCAUCACGAGGAAGAGGCAGGCGCCUUCCAUCGCCUCCGUGGGCAGCACCUGCGACCUCAACCUCAAAAUACCAGGAAACUGGUUCCAGAUGGUGUCAGCUCAAGAGCGUCUCACACGUACGUUCACACGCAGCAGCCACACGUACACUCGUACGGAGCGCACUGAGAUCAGCAAGACGCGCGGUGGGGAGACCAAGCGUGAGGUUCACGUGGAGGAGAGCACGCAGAUGGGCCGGGACCCCUUCAGAGACGUUUUCAGCUCAUUUCUGGGCCGAGAGGGCCUGGGUUGCUUUGGAAUGCUCACGGCAAAACAAGAGGGAGACGUGCAGGGUAUGUCGGCCCAGGUGACCAGCCCGGGGGGCAGAGUGGUGGAUGCGGAGAUUGUGGAAGGUGGUGACAGCACUUACAGUGUGCGCUUCAUACCUGCUGAAAUGGGCUCGCACACAGUGAGUGUGAAGUACAGGGGACAGCAUGUCCCUGGAAGCCCCUUCCAGUUCACUGUGGGUCCACUGGGAGAAGGCGGGGCACAUAAGGUCCGUGCUGGAGGGACUGGACUCCAGAGAGGCAUCGCUGGACUGCCCACGGAAUUCAAUAUCUGGACCAGAGAAGCUGGAGCAGGUGGCUUGUCCAUCGCUGUUGAGGGGCCCAGCAAGGCAGAAAUCUCCUUUGAGGACAGAAAGGAUGGAUCAUGUGGGGUCUCUUACACAGUGCAAGAGCCAGGUGACUAUGAAGUGUCAAUCAAGUUCAACAAUGAGCACAUUCCUGACAGCCCAUUCACCGUUCCAAUUGCCACGCUCUCCGAUGAUGCACGCCGCCUCACCAUAACCAGUCUGCAGGAGAAAGAUCUGAGGGUGAAUCAGGAAGCAUCUUUUGCAGUACAGAGAAAUGGUGCACAUGGUGUGAUUGAUGCCAAAGUGCACAGCCCCUCUGGUGUGGUGGAGGAGUGCUACGUCACUGACGUGGAUGCUGACAGGACUGCUAUUCGGUUCAUCCCUCGAGAGAACGGCAUGCACUCCAUCGAUGUGAAGUUUAAUGGAAGCCACAUCCCUGGCAGCCCGUUUAACUUGUGUGUGGGUGACAUGGGUCACGCGGGUGACCCGGGCCUGGUAUCGGCCUACGGCUCUGGCCUGCAGGCUGGAUGCACAGGUGUGCCUGCUGAGUUUGUGGUCAACACCUGCAACGCUGGGUCCGGCGCCUUAUCUGUGACAAUCGACGGCCCUUCCAAGGUGAAAAUGGACUGUACAGAAUGCUUGGAGGGCUACAGAAUCAACUACACCCCCAUGGCACCCGGAAACUAUCUCAUCUGCAUAAAAUAUGGCGGCCCACAACAUAUCGUAGGCAGCCCGUUCAAGGCUAAAGUCACAGGUGUGCGUCUGUCUGGAGGCCACAGCCUGCAUGAAACAUCCUCUGUGCUCGUGGAGACAGUCACCAAAAGCUCAAAUGUAGCAGGAGCCUACACUACCACAUCCAGCUCCUCGCUGCCGUCAGACGCCAGUAAGGUGGUGUGCCAGGGUGCUGGUCUGUCCAGAGCCUUCAUAGGACAGAAGAACAUCUUCACUGUGGACUGCGGCAAAGCAGGCAUCAACAUGCUAAUGGUCGGGGUGCACGGACCCAAGACACCAUGCGAGGACGUUUAUGUGAAGCACUUAGGCAACCGGCUCUAUAAUGUCACCUACACAGUGAAGGAGAAGGGAAAUUACAUUGUCAUUGUCAAAUGGGGGGAUGAAACUGUGCCAGGAAGCCCCUUCAAUGUGACAGUGCCCUGAGUGCCAUAGUGCCCCAUGUCCCAUAGUACCCUGAGUCCCAUAAUGUCCCAUAAUGCCCCGAGUACCAUAAUGUCCCAUAAUGCCCCGAAUCCCAUAAUGCCCUGAAUCCCAUAAUGCCCCGAAUCCCAUAAUGCCCCAUGUCCCAUAAUGCCCCGAAUCCCAUAAUGCCCCAUGUCCCAUAAUGCCCCAUGUCCCAUAAUGCCUUCCCUUGCAGCAGCUCCUCUGAAAUGCACUAUGAAAUCCUAAAGACUUUUUCUUAACUUGGGGAAGUGUUUCAACUAUAGUGUUUGAUCCAAACAUUUUAUAUUAACUUCUUGUCUGGUGAAAUUUUUAUCUAGUGACACUUGUACCCAUUUGUGUUCCCAGACUGUAAUGUUCUUUUCAGUUUACCAAGACAUCUGAAAUAAUUCUUCCAAUCAUUAUUUUUUGGACAUUUUAAACUUAAAAUGUUUGAACGUUAAGAGAUUUUGUCCACAAAAUGUCUAUUCAUAUUCAAGACCAUCUGUGUGGUCAAGGUUCAUACCAAUGGAAGAGCAGAUUUCUAGUUGACUGUUGUAACCCAUUAAACUGCAUUGUGUGUGCUGUUCUGGGGUUUUGUAUGCUUUAAAGAGUGUUCUUUUGUUAUAUUAACCAAACAGUUGGUAAGCCUUUGCGAACCUAAUAAAGAUUAUAUUGCUAACGUA